UCAAGCAAAUCAUUCAUUUACCAUUAAAUUUCUUCAUGUCCAAUCCAAACAUCAUUUUCAGCUAAACCACUUUUUGCCACUUAAAAUCAAACUCAACCAGUUGAGGAAAGAAGAAGAAGAAGAUUAAUGAAAUGGAAAUUGCUAAAGAGGGUAAUACUAGUAGAGAUCAUCAAACAGAGCCUAGAGACACUUACAAAAUAGCUUAUACAUUCCAUUUCUUGUUUGGUGCUGGAAAUUUACUUCCAUGGAAUGCUUUAAUCACUGCAGUUGAUUACUUCAACCAACUCUAUCCAUCAUCCAAUCAUAUCGAGCGAGUUUUUUCAGUUUGUUACAUGACUUCUUCUCUGUUAGUUCUCUCAAUUCUCAUGAAUUGGACCCAUAAUAAUAAUAAGAAGAAACCUGGUAGUUUCAGGCUGAGGAUGAACUUGGGUUUUUCCAUGUUAAUCCUCACCAUGAUCCUAAUUCCUUUACUCGAUUGGACCAGCCACUGUUCGAGACCAAACAUAGCAGCAUAUUAUGUAACAAUUGCAUCCGUCGUCGUAUGUGGCCUAGCCGAUGGCUUGAUUGGUGGAAGCUUAAUUGGAUCUGCAGGAAAUCUUCCUAAACAGUACAUGCAAGCCAUUUUCGCAGGAACAGCUUCUUCAGGUAUUCUAGUAUCAAUGCUGAGGAUAAUAACGAAAGCAUCGCUUCCUCAAACUCCCAAAGGUCUACAAACGAGUGCACAUUUGUAUUUCAUCAUAACAACUGUUAUUUUGUUGAUCUGCAUCGUCUGUUGCAACCUGUUGUACAAGUUACCUGUCAUGCAAGAGCAUUAUAAGCUUCUAUCUGACAACGAUAGUCUGUUGUCGAAUUCUCGACCGAAAUUUUGGGAGGUUGCGAGAAAAAUACGGUGGCCUGCGUUUGGAGUUAUGUUUAUAUACGCUGUGACUCUUUCCAUCUUUCCUGGAUUCAUAUCUGAUAACAAUUUGAAGUCUACCAGUGUUAAGAAGGAUUGGUACCCUGUUCUGUUGAUUACGGUUUAUAACUUUUCAGAUUUAGUUGGGAAAUGUUUACCUGCAGUUUAUGUACCAAAAGGAGUCGGGAAGGCUACGUGGGGUUGUAUUAUGCGGGUUUUGUUCUAUCCUAUGUUUACGGUUUGUCUACAUGGUCCUAAGUGGAUGAAAACAGAAGUACCCAUCGCAAUUCUGACAAUGGCUCUUGGAGUGAGUAAUGGGUAUUUGACAAGUGUCAUAAUGAUGAUUGUUCCUAAAUCUGUGCCGACUUCGGAAGCUGAAGUGGGUGCGGUUGUGAUGGCAGUUUCAUUGGGAAUUGGUCUGGUUGCUGGUUCGGUUCUUGGUUGGUUUUGGGUCAUUUGAUAAAUGUCUGUUACUGUUUUCAUUUACAUGUUUCAGUUGAAGUCUCUAAAUCUAUGU